AUGGAUGAAUACGGAAACUCCCAAUCCCCCACAUUCUCCGACGACUCUUCAGCCUCUCAGUCCACAACAAUGGCGAAACCACCGUGCUCCCACUGGUGGCACGCCCUCUUCUACCUGGCCAUGUCCCUCGCCCUCGCUUACACCGCCUUCAAGACCAACACCCACGCCGGGCCCGAAUCCCCUCUCCAUCCGGCCCGCAGUCUCGCCUUCAACGCCUCCCAAACCCUCCGCCUCCACGGCGGCUUCCACGUCGUCGCCACCCUCCUCCAGAUCUCGCCGGAGCUCUUCCUCCCGGGACCCGCCCUCGCCCACGGCUCCACCGUCUUCGCCAUCCACGACUCCGCCAUCUCCAACCUCUCCGCGCCGCCCUGGGCCCUGCGGCUGCUCCUCCGCUACCACGCUGUCCCAUCCGCCCUGCCCAUGGCGGCGCUGCGGCGGAAGCCGCCGGGAUUUUGCGUCCGAACCCUCGUCGGCGGCAAGAACCUCGUCGUAACCCGGAACGACGCCGGGUCGGGCCACAUCGAGAUCAACAACGUCUCGAUCUCCCACCCGGACUUGUUCCUUGACGGCGCGUUUUCGGUUCACGGCGUUUCCGGGCCGUUCGACGUGGAUCGAUCCCCGCCGUGCGAUUAUUCCGGCAGCCAGGGCGGUUACGGUUCAGAUCAGGCGGCGCAGUGGACCAGCAUCAUCAGAUCUCUGAGCUCCAGCGGGUUUGUUUCUUUCGCAAUUGGGCUGAAUUCUGUUGUGGAUACGAUUUUGCGUGAUUACCGGAAUUUGAGCAGCGUUUCCGUUUUUGCCCCUCCCAACACCGGCUUUAUUUCUUCGCCGUCCCCCUUCCUUGACAAGAUUGUGAAAAUUCACAUUUUGCCCGAGAGGUUUGAUUAUUUGGAGUUGAGUGCCGCUGGGAAUUCGACUUUGAGGACCUUGGUUCCUAGCUAUUACCUCAAAAUCGAUAAGUUUUUGGAUAAAUUGGCUGUGAAUGGUGUGGAGGUUACAGAGCCAAAUUUGUUUCUGUCAGAUAAUUUUGUGAUCCAUGGAAUUUCUAGGGAAUUUGAUGCGGUGAAGCUCUUUACUUCAUUCAUGUAG